AUGGAUUCUGGCUCCGGCGAAGGCGCUUCGUUGCCCUCUAUUGGCCCUGAUGCUCAGAAGCGGCGGGUAUGCUAUUUUUACGAGCCUGCAGUCGGUGGUUAUUAUUACGGCCAAGGGCAUCCGAUGAAGCCUCACCGCAUUAGCAUGGCUCACAGCCUGAUUGUGAACUACAAUCUAUACCGUCGAAUGGAGAUCAUCCGUCCCUUUCCGGCAGGAGCCGCCGAUAUAAGUAGGUUUCACACUCCCGAGUACGUAGAUUUUUUAUCUUCGAUCACCCCAGAUACCGUCAAUGACGAGAACAACGCUCAAAAAGUAAAGCGCUUCAAUGUGUGUGAUGAUUGUCCUGUAUUUGAGGGGCUAUUCGAGUUCUGCCAGGCCUCGGCUGGCGGUUCGAUUGGUGCGGCUGCUAAACUGAACCACGAGGACUCGGAUAUCGCAAUCAAUUGGGCUGGUGGGCUUCACCAUGCAAAGAAAAGUUUGGCUUCGGGUUUUUGCUAUGUGAAUGAUAUUGUUCUCGGAAUCCUGGAGCUACUCAAAUUCCAAAGGCGUGUACUUUACAUCGACAUUGAUGUUCAUCAUGGAGACGGUGUUGAAGAGGCUUUUUAUGUUACUGAUCGAGUAAUGACAGUGUCAUUCCAUAAAUUUGGGAACAACUUUUUUCCAGGAACUGGUCACAUAAAAACCAAUGGGGCAGGUGAUGGGAAAUACUAUUCUCUUAAUGUCCCUUUACGUGAUGGUGUGGAUGAUAAGAGUUUCCAUAGUUUAUUCCGUCCCAUCAUCCAAAAAGUCAUGGAGGUCUACCAGCCAGAUGCUGUUGUUCUUCAGUGUGGGGCAGAUUCAUUGGCUGGUGACAAGUUAGGGAGCUUCAACUUAUCUGUGAAAGGUCAUGCAGAUUGCCUUCGUUUCUUGAGAUCUUUCAAUGUUCCCCUUAUGGUUUUGGGUGGUGGAGGCUAUACAAUGAGGAACGUUGCUCGUUGCUGGUGCUAUGAGACAGCGGUUGCAGUUGGUGUGGAACUUGAUAAUAAUUUGCCUCAUAAUGAAUAUUACGAGUAUUUUGGCCCAAACUAUACUCUUCAUGUGAAACCGAAGCCCAGGAAGAAUCUAAAUUCAGUCAGAGAUCUGGAGAAAAUCAGAGAUAUGGUGUUCAAUCAACUCUCUAAUCUACAACAUGUACCAAGUGUUCCAUUUCAAACAAUGCCUCCCACUGCAAGAGUACCAGAUGGGAAAUCUUUCAAGUACCAGGGAGGAGAAGACAUGGAAACAAGAGCAAAACCUCGAAUUUGGAAUGGUGAAGAAUAUGCAUCGGACGGUGAUGAGGAUGCCAUACUAAUUGAAGAUUAG